GGAGACGAAAAGAGGAAGAGACGGCAAAACGAUAAAGCAAGAGUUACUGACAGAGCGGGAAAGGGGAGGAGAAAGAGAAAGUGAAAGUAGAGCGGAGCACAGACAGACAGGCAGAGAGGAUAGCGUAGCAAGUCUUGUCUUGCUGCUUCAUAUAAACAACACAAUGACUGAUUAUACGGAUGGUUUACGAAUAGUUCAUCAGAAUGGACGUUUGCCAUCGCCACAGACUGGGUACGAACCCGAAGUGAGGCCAGUCGAGAGUAUCGAGAACAUCACACAUAAAACAAUCCUGGUCGGAGACAGCGGUGUUGGCAAGACGUCCCUGCUUGUCCAGUUCGACCAAGGAAAAUUCCAGGCUGGUUCCUUUGCAGCUACAGUUGGCAUAGGUUUUACAGUGAUGUUGUUAGGAGACAGCGGAGUGGGCAAGACAUGCUUGUUGGUUCAGUUUAAAGAUGGCACCUUCCUCUCGGGGUCGUUUAUAUCAACCGUAGGUAUUGACUUCAGGGUAAUGGUGGUAGUAUGUGCUUUGUUCAAAAUUACUUUACAGAUCUGGGACACGGCUGGACAAGAAAGAUUCCGCAGUAUCACUCGGGGAUACUACCGUGACGCUGAUGUGUUAUUAUUAUUAUUAGAGGUUACUAUGCCAUCAACCUACUCACGUCUCUAGGCAUGGCUGACGGAGAUUAAUGAAUAUGCACAGGAGGAUGUAGUCAUCAUGUUGCUAGGCAACAAAGCUGACAUGUCCGGGGACAAGAUCGUCCGACGAGAGGAUGGCGAACGGCUAGCAAGGGACCAUAAUGUAGCAUUCAUGGAAACCAGUGCGAAGACCGGAAUGAACGUAGAUCUUGCUUUUAUGGCCAUCGCCAGAGACUUGAAAAUGAAGAAAACUCGCAAACCAGACGAACCUGCAUUUAAUGUGGCUGAGUAUAUCCAGCAGGAGAACACAAUGAAAGUUGGUGGCUGUUGCUGAGAAAGCCACAGUCUAAUAUCUAUUUCGAUGGUGGAGAGGAAAUAUAUAUAUAUAUAUAUACAUAGAUAUAUAUAUAUAUAAACAGCUUGGGAAGUGCUGUCCUGGAUUGUUCUACCAGUCUUCUGUUCUAUCCGGUGUUUAUUCUACCAGUGUUCUAUUCUACCACAUAUGUGUUCUACCAGUUCUCGGUUAUCUCAGUCCUCUAUUCUACCAGCCGUUUGUAA